AUGAACAAAACACUGGUCCAGCCAGGGGACUCCGUGCGGUUCCAGUGCUCUGCUUUCUCCUGGGCCUGGGCCACCCGCAUCGUCUUCUGCAAGGACGGGGAGGAGGUUUUUACCCAGAGGGCCUUGGAGGAGAAGAACACCGAUAACUAUGAGCACGUGGUGUCCAGCGGCAGCUCUGGGAAUUACUCCUGUGGCUACGAGAUCAAGGACAGUGACCACCGGGUGUAUAGAUCACAGCUCAGCACUGCCCAGCACCUCAGUGUCACUGGUGCUCUCCCUGCCCCCAUCCUCUAUAUCAACCAGACGUCUGCCUGGCCAGGGGACACCGUGCGGCUCCGGUGCUCUGUGUUCUCCAGACCGUUGGCCACCCGCAUCGUGUUCUGCAAGGACGGGGAGGAGGUUUUUAUCCACAGGGUCUUGGAGGAGAAGAUGUCCUACGACUAUGAUCACAUGGUGUCUGGGGGCAGCUCGGGGAAUUACUCCUGUGGGUACGAGAUCCAGGACAGUGGCAACUGGAUGAACAGAUCUCAGCUCAGCCCUGCCCAACUCCUCAGUGUCACCGGUGCUCUCCCUGCCCCCAUCCUCUAUAUCAACCAGACGUCUGCCUGGCCAGGGGACACCGUGCGGCUCCGGUGCUCUGUGUUCUCCAGACCGUUGGCCACCCGCAUCGUGUUCUGCAAGGACGGGGAGGAGGUUUUUAUCCACAGGGUCUUGGAGGAGAAGAUGUCCUACGACUAUGAUCACAUGGUGUCUGGGGGCAGCUCGGGGAAUUACUCCUGUGGGUACGAGAUCCAGGACAGUGGCAACUGGAUGAACAGAUCUCAGCUCAGCCCUGCCCAACUCCUCAGUGUCACCGGUGCUCUCCCUGCUCCCAUCCUCUUCCUGAACCAGACAUUGGCCCAGCCAGGAGACUCCGUGCAGUUCCAGUGCUCCGUGGUCUCCCAGGCCCUACCCACCCACAUCAUCUUCUGCAAAGACGGGGAGAAAGUUUCAUCCCAGAGUGGCUCAGAGGCGAAGGUAAUUUACAGCUAUAAGCACAUGGUGUCCGGGGGCAGCUCCGGGCGCUAUGCCUGCGGGUACGAGAUCAAGGACAACACUCAGAUGACCAGAUCCCAGCUCAGCCCUGCCCAGCAUCUGAGUGUCAUCGGUAAAGGUGCUCUCCCUGCUCCCAUCCUCUUCCUGAACCAGACAUUGGCCCAGCCAGGAGACUCCGUGCAGUUCCAGUGCUCCGUGGUCUCCCAGGCCCUACCCACCCACAUCAUCUUCUGCAAAGACGGGGAGAAAGUUUCAUCCCAGAGUGGCUCAGAGGCGAAGGUAAUUUACAGCUAUAAGCACAUGGUGUCCGGGGGCAGCUCCGGGCGCUAUGCCUGCGGGUACGAGAUCAAGGACAACACUCAGAUGACCAGAUCCCAGCUCAGCCCUGCCCAGCAUCUGAGUGUCAUCGGUAAAGGACUGACCAUGUCCCCUGCCAUCUGGGCCACCCGCUGCAUCCUGGUCCUGCUGCUCCUGGUGUCUGCGCCCGUCAUCACCUUCGUGCUGGAGAAACGGAGCCUGACCCGACUGCAGGGCUAG